AUGGCUGGCGGCAAACGGGUCGCAUCGAAGCAGCCUCAGGCGAAACAGACGGGCAAAAAAAUCAAGCCAGCCGAUGCGGCUGCGAGAGCUUCCGCUCCGGGGGACGUGCCGGAGACUGCUGUGCCUUCAGCAACUGGGGGCCUCUUGCGUAGGUCGGCCGAGAUGCUGAUUGAAAGCUCGAAAGGGAAAGAGUCAGCGGUAAAAGAGAUUGCGGAAACCAUCCUUGUGCCAAUGCUGGACGAGCUGCAGUGGCUGGACGAGCAGUCAGACGAUCCAGUCUCGUUCGGGGGCCAGAUGGCUGUGACAACAGCUUUCUACAAGGAGGCGAUGACAAAGCAUGGCAAGUGUUCCUGCGUUGUGCCGUUCCGAUGGUUGGGACUUGCACUCGAGCACCAGGACAUGAUUCCUGUGAUUGGCACAGUGAAAAGAUGCUACAAUCACUUCUUCGCAAAGGCCGGCCCUGCAGCCAUGAUGCAAUUCCCAACCGUUGUGCAGGCCAAGUCCUGCGAAGAAGUUCCAGAGAAAGGCUUCUUUGAUACCAUGGAUGGCGGCGUCUUCAGACUGGCAUGGCUCUUUGGAUACUCGAUGUGCCUCCAGGAUCCCGCGGAACUUGCAAAGUAUCGUGCCUCGGCACUUUCCAUCCCUGUGGUCUUCGAGAUGGUGUCUGGAAGUGUCGUCUUGAAAAAGAUCCAAUUGGAUCAGAACAAGAAGGCCGAAGAGGUCUUCGCAGGCCUGAUUGGCUACAAGCUGACUCGGAUGGCUGUCAAGGCGCAAGAGGAGUUGAGGUCCAAGAACCGGCCCUGUGGCCAGGAGCAGGUGUUUGAGUAUCUCAACGCGGGCGUGCGGUGGACAUCUGAGGAUGCUGUUUCGUUGAAGUCCGUUCAAAUGGCCAUCAAAGUUCACGGCAGGCUCAGCCCCCAUGCAUGCAACAUUCUGGACCAGUUCGAAAGCAUCUUCGGCAAGGGCCAUCCGUUCUGCCUCGUGCAAGGGAUCGAUGCUGUGUGUCAGAAAACGGCAAUGCCCUCGAACCCAGAAGGCCGUGAGAAAAUGAAGGAGCUGGCAACUGUCUACCUCGCAAUCCGUCGGAUGACACUGUACAUGCAAAGCAAGCUCCCACACGCUGCGGAUCUCGGCGGGUUCCUGCAAUUUCACCAACGACAUCCGCAGGGUCUGCAGGCAAACCUGGGCAAAGUUGCAGAUUUGCCCCCUGCAACCAGCGUAGCCGAGAAGAUGCUGCGGGAGGCAGUGUUCUGUCUCAUGGACGGCAGCUGCGACGAGCACAUUGGAAACUUGCUGUGCCAGAGUCCAAUGAUGAACGGACAGGCACUGGUUGAGAAUGCAGACAUAGAAAGCUCCUUACAUUUCAAGGCCUUGCUUCAGAAGCUGGUAGACGAGGAGGCAGAAAAGCAGGCCAAGCUGCUUUUGAAGCAGCAGGCAAAAGCUGCUGAGAAUGCUGAGGAAGCAGCCUCCGUGGCGGAGACGAGCCAGCCGGUCCCUGCUGAGUCCCAGACUGGUUCUGUGAUGGAAUCGCAGCCCGAGCUUCCGGAGGAGGAGCUUGAGCAGAAGCCAGCGGCACCGCGUGCAUGGGCCCAGGCCUUCCCUGCCUUGAUCAUCCCAGAGAGCAUGCAGGUCACACUGGCCGGUGUAGAUGACAGUGUGUUCUGGAACCUUCAUCGGUUCGCAUGCGCGAGAGUGGCCAGCAACGUCCAUUUCAUGGAGACUCCCCCGACUGAUCUGUGCAAUGCGCUCCGGGAUCACCCAGUGCUGAAGCGGGCCCCUGAACAGGCAGAGGAGCGCCUGCUCUUCAUAUACGACGUAAAAGGACACUGUGACAAAACGUCCGCCCGGUAUCAGAGUCGGCUGUGGCAUCUCCUCAGUCCUUUCGACGAAGGUCACAUGCAGGCAUGCAUGGCAGCCACCUUUCCGCUUUUCGCACAAUCGUCUGUCUUAAUUGUGCUCGACGGCCGCCGAGGCGAUAUCUGCACCAAGGUGCGAAAGAAUAUUUGCGCCGAGGCCAAGAAAUCUGAUCACACUCACAAAAAGCCUUUGGGACCCCAAUACAGGUUCAUCUACACGAAUGAAGAGUUUGGCGAGGGAGGAUACGCGUUCAGCCCUCGAGCCAAAGCCAUCUGCAUGAUUCCAGACCCUCUGGAAACAUGUGUCACAGUGCUGGGAGUGGGCGUCGAGAUGCUUAUGCGGCCUCGCAGAUUCAUUGACCUGCCAGGCUCGACCUUCACAAGGGGUCUUUCAGGCUUGAAGCUGCGUGCGAGGGAACAUCACGAGGUGCGCUUGUGUGAAAAGGUGUUCAAGGAGCUCCAGAAGGGCAUGAGCGCAGGAUCGGAACAACAGGAGGACCAGCAGCAAGCAGGGCCGCCUCUGGAGGCAGUGGAGGUCUCCGAGACCGCAGCUGUGGACGAUGGCUUCUACUUAUUCUACUUCUUCCCGUGGACCUGUCAGGAAGAAGUGUUCUUAGAGCUGCUGAACAUGUUUGGUUCUGAGGGCACUCCGGCGAAGGUGGUGUCCUUCUGCCCGGGAUUCGGGCAAGCAGAACUGGCUUGCAUACGUGAGGAUGUGCAUUGCUUGAGCUUGGUUCAGAGCAAAACACACCGGGAGGUUCUCACUCAACGGCUAGUCCUGACCAUCAUGAUUGAAUCCAUCCGGGGCAAGCGCGAUUUCCUACGCAAUCGGCUCUUCCCUGUAGCGGCUGAUUUGGAAAGGACGACAGUGAGCGAGCAGGUUUCUCCCGUUGCAGCUGCAGUGACCACUGAGGCGUCCCCCAUUGCAGACAAAUCGGCAGAGGGGACCGUAGAGCCGGCGACGCCGGCCGUGCAGGCCCCAGAGCCGGUGCAGGAUACCAGCAUGGCUCCGAACAUGUUUGACGGAGACGGGGACGAAGACUCCGCGUGA